AUGGCCAACAAAGACCAACUGGAGGUUCUCCGCGUGCUCGACCGAGCAAAAACGCAGGUAUACCACUUCACGGCAGUGGUGAUCGCCGGAAUGGGGUUCUUCACCGAUUCCUACGAUCUCUUCUGCAUCUCCCUCGUCACCAAACUCCUCGGUCGCAUAUAUUACCACGUCGAAGGCUCGUCGAAGCCGGGUACCCUGCCUCCCAAUAUUGCCGCCGCAGUCAAUGGGGUCGCCUUCUGUGGGACCCUAGCCGGGCAGCUCUUCUUCGGGUGGCUUGGCGACAAGAUGGGAAGGAAGCGCGUCUACGGCGUAACGCUCAUGCUUAUGGUUAUUUGCUCCAUUGGCUCCGGCCUUUCCUUUGGGAGCUCGCCCAACGCCGUGAUGACUACACUCUGCUUUUUCAGGUUUUGGCUCGGCUUCGGAAUCGGCGGCGAUUACCCGCUCUCCGCAACGAUCAUGGCGGAGUACUCCAAUAAGAAGACACGUGGCGCUUUUAUUGCGGCGGUUUUCGCCAUGCAAGGCUUCGGAAUUCUUUGCGGUGGCAUGGUGGCUAUAGUUGUCUCCGCCAUCUUUCGGGCUCUGUUUCCUGCACCGGCUUACUCCGUUAAUCCAACCGCUUCGACCAUCCGUCAGGCGGACUAUGUUUGGCGGAUCAUUCUCAUGUUUGGAGCAUUGCCGGCCGGUUUGACUUAUUAUUGGCGGAUGAAGAUGCCGGAGACCCCUCGUUACACUGCGCUCGUUGACAAGAACGAAAAGAAAGCUUGCCAAGACAUGUCAAAGAUUUUGAACAUUGAAAUUCAAGAGGUGAGAAAAGAUGAGACGGCGGUGGUUGAUCAGAAGAGCAAUUCUAAAAUACAAUUCGGGUUAUUCACUCGAGAAUUUGCCCGCCGUCAUGGGCUGCACUUAUUGGGAACGACAACCACUUGGUUCCUGCUUGACAUUGCUUAUUACAGCCAGAAUUUGUUCCAAAAGGACAUAUUCAGCGCCGUUGGAUGGAUCCCUGCCGCAAAAUCAAUGAGCGCCCUCGAAGAGCUUUACAAGAUUGCAAGGGCUCAAACGCUAAUUGCUCUCUGCGGCACAGUUCCCGGCUACUGGGUCACCGUCCUUCUCAUCGAUUACAUCGGAAGGUUUGCGAUUCAGAUGAUUGGGUUUUUGUUCAUGUCAGUUUUCAUGUUCGCCCUUGCAAUUCCUUACCACCACUGGACGGAAAAAGGGCACCACGUUGGGUUUGUUGCCAUGUAUGCGCUAACCUUCUUUUUCGCGAAUUUCGGGCCUAAUUGCACGACAUUCAUCGUGCCGGCGGAGAUCUUCCCGGCACGGCUUCGAUCGACUUGCCAUGGCAUCUCAGCCGCUUCGGGAAAAGCCGGUGCAAUAGUGGGAGCAUUUGGGUUCUUGUAUGCAUCGCAAAGCCAAGACAAGUCGAAGACUGACUCCGGGUACCCUCCCGGAAUUGGCAUGAGAAAUUCUCUCCUUGUGCUAGCUGUGAUUAGUGUGGUGGGGCUAUUCUUCACGUUUUUGGUGCCGGAGACGAAGGGGAAAUCGCUGGAGGAGACGUCAAGGGAGCAUGUUGAUGAAGAAGAGGGUGAUGAUCAUCAUCAAGAUCAAGAUCAAGGUGAAGAUCAAAUCAACAGGGUUUAA